UCUGCGCCUGCGCAGCCUCUACAGCCGCAGUAGACUGGACGGUCUGCCCGAUCAUUCCAAGAUGGCGGACCUCCUAGGUUCAAUCUUAAACUCGAUGGAGAAACCUCCAACAGUCGGCGACCAGGAGAGCCGACGAAAGGCACGAGAGCAAGCAGCAAGACUCAAGAAGAUGGAAGAGAUGGAGAAAAGAAAGAAAGCAGAGUUCAGGAAAAAGAUGGAGAAAGAGGUGUCAGACUUCAUCCAAGACAGCUCACAGCAGAAAAGAAAAUAUAAUCCUAUGGGGAAGAUUGAAAGGAGUAUACUGCAUGAUGUUGCAGAAGUGGCUGGUUUGACAUCUUUCUCUUUCGGGGAGGACGAGGAGAGCCGUUAUGUCAUGCUUUUUAAGAAGGAGUUUGCUCCAUCAGAUGAAGAGCUGGAAGCCUAUCGCAAAGGAGAGGAGUGGGAUCCCCAGCUGGCAGAACAACGCCGCAGACUAAAAGAACAGGCUGCACUGGAAGAAGCAGCAUCCAGUCAGACGAAAACAUCACAGGCAUGUCCCAACUCCAACUACAGAGACAAGUACAGUCACCUGAUCGGCACCUCAGCUGCAAAAGAUGCAGCACACACACUAGAGGCCAACAGGGCUUAUGGCUGUGUGCCGGUGGCCAACAAGAGGGACACUCGCUCGAUAGAAGAAGCCAUGAAUGAAAUCCGAGCAAAGAAACGGCUGAAGCGAGAGGACGACACAGGGGCCCACGGCAGCAGCUCUUGAGGCUCUACUUGUUUUGUUUUCUGUCUGCUGUUGUGUGUGAGUGUGUGAGUGCAUUAGUGUGUCUGUGUACACUCUGUUUGUCUCAUUCAUCUUAAAAUGCAAUAUCCUGUACUUCAGACAUUUGAAGGUAUAAUUUAUGCAACAGGCCUUGAAUCUAGUGUUUACACCACUCUCUGACUGACGGUGGUGAAUUGAUGAAAUCUUGUUCAGUGGAGGAUGCUCAGGUGUGUCUGAUCCAAGAGGUGGAUUAUUUUAUGUGUUUAACGUUGGCGGUGAAGUUCUGUCUAUUGCCAAGUUUCUUACACACAUGAUUGGACCAUUAGAGUGGAAGAAUCAAAAGAAAAAAAUGUGUUGAGGUGUUAAGCUUCUUAAAAACACAUGCCAUUUAAAAUAAUGAAAUUUUAGCAACCAUUGACAUUUUUAAUGCAGAUGUGCAUUUGCAGUCCUAUGUACAAGUUUUAUUAUUGCAAAUAUGGCGGAUUGUGAACUUUGGCUGCACAGGAUGAAAGCCAGGUUUUAGGAAUGUGUAACUUCAAUCCCACUGCCAUCUCUUGACCAGCUUUUGGUUGGGUUUGUUGAUUUUUUUUCUUAGUCUCAACUUUUUGAGAACUUUCUAAAGUUGCUGGCAUGCCAUUUUGUCUAUAUCCCAUUUUAGAAAAUACAGUUUUGUUGAUUUUUAGAAAUAUGUGAUAAAGUCUGUGAUUUUCUUUGUUUCUAUACAUCUGCACUGACUGUGAAUUCUUCUGUUACUCCAGCGUAAGUGUUUUAUUAUUAAGCCGUGAGAUAGGCUUACAAAAGGCAUCAUAGUAGGGAGUAGGAGUACCGGAGCUCUUGUUGGGAUGUGGGUCUCUACGUCUGUUCCUUUUGUCAAAAUCAAGCAAUCAAACAAGAGUUCAUUGGCAUCUUGAUGUCUGUUUUAACAUGGUUGCACUGUUUUAUCCUCAUGCGUAUUAAUAAACAGAGAAAAGACUGGG